CCCCCUGUGUGUGUAACAAGUGCUCCUCCAAGUGACGUGGAAUGAAUUUCAUAGGAUUUCCCCAGUCUUCACAAAAUUUUUCUACAUUCAGUGCCAAAUCAUCGGUUGUACGAUGAUUUCUCUGUACACUCUAAUCACCAGCCUCUUUGCAUUUGCGUUAUUUAUCAGUCUUGCAUUUUGUACAUUCCUGUACGUUAUCACAUCCCCAUACCCCAACAUUUGGAGGGAUGAGAGGGAGAAAUAUUUUAUUGAUGGAAAGACCGGAAGAAAAGUUGCAUUCCCAUCGAUUGACGAUGAAUUCACAGUCAAACUCAGUGUUGUUGUUCCGGCGUACAAUGAGGAAGAAAGACUAAUUCCGAUGUUGGAUGAAUGUCUGGACUACCUCGAAAGCAGAAAAAAAUCGGGACUCACUUAUGAAGUUAUUGUCGUGAGUGAUGGAAGUACAGACAAAACCGUGCAAGUAGCUCAGAGCUACGCAGAAAAAUACAAGACUGUGAGAGUGCUGGAUCUUGUGAAGAAUCGAGGGAAGGGUGGAGCUGUGAGAUUAGGAAUGCAGAGUGCUAGAGGAUGUUUAUUACUCUUCGCUGAUGCUGAUGGUGCUACGAAAUUCCGUGACCUUGAGAAAUUGGAGGAUAGUCUCAAGGAAGUAUUGAAAUUCGACUACACAGAGAGGCCCCACGAAGCUUCUCUGUCCAACGCAGUUAUCUGCGGCUCACGGGCGCAUCUGGAGGAAGAAGCGACAGCCACAAGAUCCAUCUUCCGACUGAUCCUCAUGCACGGCUUCCACUUCCUCGUCUGGGCGCUCUGCGUGCGAGGCAUUCGCGACACUCAAUGUGGAUUCAAACUCCUCACACGUGAAUCCGCUAGGACUCUAUUCCGAGCGCUGCACGUGGAGAGAUGGGCCUUCGACGUGGAGAUGCUGUACCUCGCCCAAACACUGAACAUUCCGGUUAAAGAGAUUUGCGUGAAUUGGACGGAGAUCGAGGGAUCCAAAGUCGUUCCAUUCUGGAGUUGGCUGCAGAUGGGUCGAGACCUGGGGCUCAUCUGGCUAAGGUACACCAUUGGCGCUUGGAAAAUCGAUAGGCCGAAGAGGUCUUGAGGAUUUUAGUAGAUGUGGAAUUGGACACACUCAUCAACUCGUGAUGAACUUUCCUCGUCUAUUAUAUUUUUGAGUAUGAAAAAGAUUUUGAGGAAUUGUCUGUGGAAGGUGAUGUCGAGGGAUUAAAUGAGUUAUUCACCUUGAAAAUGGCUUUUAUGGAUUCUAUUCACACUGCAUAGCUUCAUCUACUUCGGAACUUCACUGAUUUUCAGGUUUUGGUUUACGUACGAAAAAUGAUUUUCAUCGCUUGUGCAUAAAGAGAAAUUUUACGGACGCUCCGUUCCAUUAUUCGACGUAUGAAAAAAUUCAAUAGAUUUCGAUUUUUCUGUUGAAUUUUUCUCUUGAGAUUUUUUGUGAGGCAUUUGUUGUGAUAAUUUUUGGGCCUCAGAUAAAAUUUUUUGGAAAUAAUGAAAUAGGGGGAAUAACGCCUU